AUGUUUUAUCAAACAAACUUUCCUUUGAUUAAAACAAUCUUACAAAAAAAAAUAACAAAGGGAUAUAACUCUAUUGACGUGACUCUUUUUAAUAAAGAUAACUUAUCACUAGUGGUUCCGACAGAUGAAUAGUGAUCACAUUGACAGAACAGCUGACAGUGCCAGGAGUGAGGUUGUUUCCUUGGCAACUGUUGUAGGAAUGAGGGAGGAAUCAAAGACAGUAAAAUCACUGACUCUAAAGGUUGAAGACAAACAGUUCAGUUUUAAAGCAGGGCAAUGGAUUGACAUGUUUAUACCUGGUGUUGAGACGAUUGGUGGAUUUUCCAUGUGUAGUUCCCCUCUUAGAUUGACGAAAUACCAUUGUCUAGACUUGGCAGUGAAAUAUAGUGAACAUCCCCCUGCUUAUUGGAUACAUACCAAGUGUAAAGUGGGAGAACAAGUUAAGAUACGAGUUGGGGGAGACUUUUUCUUUGACCCAGCUGUUCAGAAAGAUGUUGAUUUACUCCUCAUAGCUGGAGGUGUAGGUAUAAAUCCAGUAUACAGUAUCAUCAAUGAAGUGUCUGAUUUGAAUAAGGAGGACAACUCUUCUAGGUUCAGUGGAAAAGUUAAACUGCUUUUUAGUGCAAAGACCACUGACGAAUUAGUUUUCAAGGAGCAACUGAACAUAAUACAGAACAACAAUGAACACAUUAACUGUCAGUUCCACGUGACUCGUGAGAAGGAAACAACCCACAAAAUUGGAGAUGUCCUUUUACUUAAUAAAAGAAUACAGAUGGGUGAUUUAGACAACAGUUUCAACUGGCUACGAAAAGAAAAUACGUGUGUUUAUAUAUGUGGACCUUCACAUAUGAUUGAAGAUGUGGAACUAUCACUUUUACAGUUAAACAUUGCCAAACAAAGAAUAAAAUACGAAAAAUGGUGGUGACAGAAAACACAGAUCUGGUGUUUUAUAUUUAUAAACCAUGUUUAUAAAUCUGUUUUGUGUUGUUGAUUUUUCUCUGUUGGAAUAAAAUGCACGUUCGUAUUUAAAUCUUGGCAUAUUGAUGGUUAUAAUUAAGUUCAACUUGAUUAUUUUCUACUAUAUUUAUUACGUAAAGAUAGUGAAAUAAAAUGUGGCGUCCGU